GAGAGAGAGAGAGAGAGGAUGGGGGAGAUCAACAAGGACUUGGACGGAGUAUCCACCCAGUGGGAUGAUAUUCAGGCAAAGCUCGGCAAUCUUCCGCCAAAGAAGCUGCCUUUUAAGCCCCCACCAUUCACUCCUGCCGAGGACGAAGCCUCCGCUCUUAAAGACAAGUCUUGGAUCGAUAACAAGAUUGAGCAGGACCUUGAAGAUCUCGACGACGAUCGCUUCCUUGAGGAAUAUAGGAGGAAGAGGCUGUCUGAAUUGAGAGAAGCGACUAAGGUUGCAAGGCUUGGAUCAGUGGUUCUGAUUUCGGGAUCGGAUUUUGUGCGCGAGGUUUCUCAAGCUCUACCUGACGUUUGGGUGGUGGUGAUUCUCUAUAAAGAAGGAAUUCCAGAAUAUGGAUUGUUGAUGCAGUGUUUAGCAGAUUUGGCGACUAAGUACCCGGCAACUAAAUUUGUGAAAAUAAUAUCCACAGACUGCAUUCCUAACUACUCAGAUUGUAAUCUUCCGACUCUUUUAGUGUACAACAGUGGCGCUGUCAAUGCUAAUCAUGUUGGGAUGCGUAGCUUUGGUCGGAGAUGCACACCUGAAGGUGUGGCAUUAAUUCUCUGCCAAUCUGAUCAUGUACUUAAUGAUGGGCAGGGUGCUAAUGAUCGUUCAAGGGAAUCUGUGAUCUGGGGAGUUCACAAGAGGUUCAUAGAGAAAGUGGUGACACAACAUGAAGAUAAGGACGAUGGGUAUUCCAGUGAUUAGAACAUUAGUGACUGUAAGUUGGUUUUUGAAUUAGCUAUUCAUCAACCAUCUGUCAUUUCGCAUUGGAGUGCAGAUCUUCAAUAUCGGUAACAACUGAUUUUCUAACUAUACAUUCCGGCACAUUGUGAUGCCGAUCUUGUUGAUAUCGUGAAGAAUUUGUUACUUAAGCUGAGCAAGUUUCUAUUUCACAUUACUCUUCGUAUUGCAUGCACUAAUUUGGAGGAGUGACAAGCACUGAUCUGUAGUUCUGUACUAACUAAGGCAAAACUAACUUGGUGAAAGUCUUCUAAAAAAAAACCCAACUUGGUGAAAGAAGGUAAAAAAAAAAACUUACUCUUCUCAUCUUUCUUCAAGAGUUGAGGAGAAUGUGUUCGAUUUUAUUCUUCAUUAUACAGUAUUAUGGUGCUCAUUUCAAUGAUUUCAUGACUGAGGUUAACAACUACUAUCCUGGUCUUCAUCGUUAAUACGAAUUUGUGUUAACAUGAUAUAUAUAACCUGCAUUAGUAGUACAAUUCUGUUAUGCAGAAGCA